AUGAUACUAUACACAAAUAUUCAGAACUCAGCGAGUCGGGCACAAAUCUUGAAAAAGGCUGCAGAAUAUAUACAGUUUAUGAGACGAAAAAACAACGCUCACCAACAAGACAUAGAUGAUUUAAGAAGACAAAAUAACGUAUUGGAGACACAGAUACGAUUACUAGAAAAAGCAAGAGCUAGCGGAAACUUAUUGGAAGCACAUGAACUAGGGAUUGGAAUCAAGUCAGAAGGAAGCUCACAUGACACGGACAGUUCUGAUGGAGAAGGAACCACGCGACGCGUCAAGAAACUCAAAAUAAACAGUACUAAUUCGUAAUUAUAAGUAACUAAAUGUAAAGUUAUUAGGCAAUUUAGUCGGUUUCUUUUAAUAAAACAAUAUAUUUUGAGAUCUAUUUUUACCAAAGAACCAGUUCUGUGGUUUUCUUUUACUGAAAAUUGCCUUCUAAUUUUAACAUUUUGAUCUAGCAAUAAUAUUUUUAAAGCAUAUUUAAAGCUGAAUAUUCUUAUGAAAGUAUCUAGCUUUUUUUUUGCGAACCAAAAAAAAAAAUUGUUAUAUAUUUUAAUGGAAAACAUCUAGCAAGCAUUGUAAAUAAGAGUUUAGAGGUAUAGUUCCCGUCAUGUAAAAAGAACGCUGGCCUUGAAGCUGCGCAGAAGCGAUUUAUCGGUCUAUUUGGUGGCAUGGGAGUGUUUAUCACGUGUCGCAUGCUUGCCGGUGUGCUAUUGGUUGGACAGUGCGACGUCGACUCGAAAUAUGAUCGCGCACAAAAGUUUUAAAUUACAAAAUUCUCCAUUUACUAUUUAUUUCACAAAAAAAAAACAAA